AUGAGAAGCAAAUCAAAAGAACCACAUCAAGCCCCACCAGAGAAGCAAUCAGAAGAAGCAAACAGAAGAAAGCAACAGAGAAGAAGCAACAGAAGAGAGCAACCAGAAGAUAGCAACAGAUGGAAGCAACAUGAAGAAAGCAACAGAAGAAGCAACAGAGCCAAACAGAUAAGAAAGCAACAGAAGAAGCUACAGAUUAGAAGCCAAACAGAAAAGCUAACAGAGAAGCAACAGAAAGAUAGCACAGAAGAGAAGAAACCACAGAAGAAGCAAUCAGAGAGCAACAGGAAGAAGCAUAAAGAAGCAACAGAGAAGCAAACAGAAGGAAGCAACAGAGAAAAGACAACAAGAAGAAGCAACAGAGAAAGCAACAGAAGAAGCAUAACAGGAGGAAGCAACAGAGAGAAGCAACAGAAAAAAGCAAAAGAGGAUAGCAACAGUAAGAAGGCAACAGAGAAAGCAACAUGUAAGAAAGUGCAACAGGAAGAAGCAACAGAUGGAUAG